AUGGCGGGUCAGCCUAACUCAGACGCUUUGCUUGGGCCAUCCGAAUUUCAUGCGGCCUUGGUCGCUGCCGAUAGGCCGCUUGUUCUGGAUGCUCAGUCUCUUCUCAUCAAGGACUUCUCUUGGCACAUAAAGGUGGGCGAGGCGUCUCGAAAGACUCCUCUUCUCCCUUGGGAGACGGGUCCCCUUUCUUGGAUCUUUGGCAGGCCACUCAAGAGGCCGCGUCUGGAGCUACCUCGGGACCUGUCUCCCGAUUCAGGAUCUGCUGUUGAUGCGGGGGUGCCUCUGGUUCAUCCACAGCCGGUGCCCAACUUUGCAAGGGAGCGUCUUAGGAUUGCAGCUCUCCUGGCUACAGACGACAGUUCUCGCUGGGAGGCUCUGAGGAAGUUCAGGACGCUGGUUUUGCUUGACCCGGCGCUGUCUCAGGUGGGGCAGUCACUUGCGGCUGAGGCUUUGAUUCUGCGAGACGGUGAUCAGAUGAGGCGAACCUUCUUGGAUGUCUUUCAUGGCAAAAGUACAGCUACCUUAGUGAAGAGAGCCUCGUCGCUUUGGAGGUUUGCCAACUUUUGUUUUGACAAUGGUCUGGGAAAUCCGCUCGGGGCUGGCGAGAAGGUUUUGUACCGAUACAUGUCGCACCUAGAGGAACAUGGCAAGCCGACAUCCGCCUCGGCUUUCCUUCAGGCCUGGAACUUCGCUGUCCACACUUUGAAGCUCUGUAGCCCGGACGCUCUGGGGGCCUUGUCCGCUAGAGUGAAGGGUGCUGCGCAGCGCAUGUACUCCUUGAAGAGGAAGCUUGUUCAGGCAGUACCUUUGACAGUGAAGCAGGUGAAAGGCCUGGAGUACGUGGUCCUGAAGUCCCCGUACCCCCAUUGGCGAAUCAUUGCGGGUCACCUCUUGGUGUGCAUAGGGUCUAGCUGCCGAUUCGCCGAUUCCUUGCAGCUGACCAGCCUCAAGGUCAGCACUGCUCAGGGUGUUACCCUGGUCGAGGCAGAGAGCUCGAAGUGGAAGACGGCUUCGAGGAAGGAUCAGCUCCUUCCUUUGGCCUCCUUGGGAAAGUUCUUCGCUGAGGAGUCGUGGGGAGAAGUUUGGGCUAAGGAGCGCGAGGCUGCUGGUCUUGGCCUCAACCCGGCGCUCCCGGCUUUCUCCGAGGUGACUGGUGAGUGGCUUAACCGUCCUAUGUCUACGGGGGAGGCCACUUGUUACCUUAGGGAGUUCAUGACCGCGGCUUCCCAGAUGACUGCUGGGUUAGGGUGUCAUUCCCUGAAGUGCACGGUCUUGUCUUGGGCUGCAAAAUCCACGGAUGUCCCUCUCGCUGAUCGACGUUUGCUGGGGCAUCACAUAGAUCCGGGAGUGGUGUCGCCGCUUACUUAUGCGAGAGACGAGCAGACCCGACUCAUGAAGGUAGUUCAUCUUAUCGUGGAAAAGAUCAGGAAAGGAUCCUUCAAGCCGGAUGCCUCGAAGGUCUGGCGCCUCGCGAAGCUGAUUGAGUCUGGUGGCACGGAGCUGCUUACUGAACAGAUUGUGCAAGGCGAUCCCUCUAUGGAGGAGUCCGAUGACGAGGAAGGCGACUUCGGCGACGGGGACAUGGCCGCUGGAGGAGCUUGCGCCUCGAUGGAGCGAUUGAGUGCAGCUGAGCUGGACGUUGCUAAAGAUAGUCGGAUGCAUGUCUACUCGAGGGUGGUGCACAUCCUGAAAGGAUCCAAGUUCCUAUGUGGGAGGAACCUUUCUCCAAACUAUGAGGCCAUCGAUCCGGAUGUUCCCCUCCGAGACUUGCCGGUAUGCGCUCAGUGCUCGCAGAAGUACCAGCAGUGA